AUGAACCGGCAGACUUACAGUAUCAGGGCAGGAGGAGGAGUUGGGAGCGGCAAGGGUUUCAGCACAGCCUCUGCCAUUGUCCCAAGUGGCAAUAGGUCCGGUUUCAGCUCACUUUCUCUUGCCCGAGCUGGUGGAGGCGGCAUUGGUAGUGGUAGCUUUGGCAGGAUCAGUCUUGGUGGAGGUGGUGGAGGUGGUGGUGGAGGUGGCUUUGGCAGCAGGAGUCUUUACAAUCUUGGUGGUGCUAAAAGAAUUUCCAUCAGCCGAAGUAGCAACUUGCGCAGUGGAUUUGGUGGUGGUGGUGGUGGCGGUUUUGGUAGCGGAUCCGGCAGUGGCUUUGGUUUUGGUGGUGGAUCUGGUGGUGGAUAUGGCAUUGGGGGAGGAGGUGGUGGCUUUGGUUUGGGUGGCGGCGGCUUCGGUUUUGGUGGGGGACUUGGUGCAGCUAGAGGUGCCAUCGGCUUUGGCGGUGGUGGUGCACCCGGGAUUGGUACCAUCCAAGAAGUGACCAUUAACCAAAGCCUCUUAGCACCUCUCAACCUGGAAAUUGAUCCUGCCAUCCAAGAUGUGCGGAAAGAGGAGAAGGAGCAGAUGAAGACACUCAACAACAAAUUUGCUUCUUUCAUUGACAAGGUCCGUUUCUUGGAACAGCAGAAUAAGGUCCUUGAGACCAAGUGGACCCUCUUGCAGGAUCAAGGUUUGAAAUCCGGUGCUAACAAGAACAACCUUGACCCAUUCUUUGAAGCCUACAUCAAUAACCUAAGGAAGCAGCUGAGCAGCCUGGUAAAUGAGAGAGGGCGACUGGACGGGGAGCUGAGGAGCAUGCAGGACCUUGUCGAAGACUUUAAGACCAAAUAUGAAGAGGAAAUCAACCGGCGCACAGCUGCAGAAAAUGAGUUUGUCAUGCUCAAGAAGGAUGUGGAUGCGGCCUACAUGAACAAAGUGGAGCUAGAGGCCAAAGUGGACUCGCUGACUGAUGAGCUCAACUUCCUGAGAGCACUCUAUGAAGCGGAGAUAGCUCAGUUGCAGGCACAGAUGUCUGACACUGCUGUCAUCCUCUCCAUGGAUAACAAUCGAGACUUGGACCUGAAUGGCAUCGUCUCUGAAGUGAAGGCACAAUAUGAGGACAUUGCAAACAGGAGCCGAGCGGAAGCAGAGGCCUGGUAUCAGAACAAGUUUGAGGAACUCCAAGCCACAGUCGGGAAGCACGGUGAUGACUUACGUAAUACUAAAGGAGAAAUUUCGGAGCUGAAUCGGAUGAUUCAGAGGAUACGGGCGGAAAUUGAAAAUGCCAGGAACCAGUGCGCCGGUCUGCAGACAGCUAUCGGAGAUUCUGAGGAUCGGGGUGAAUUGGCUCUCAAAGAUGCUAGAGCCAAGCUCAUGGAGCUGGAAGAUGCUCUACAAAAAGCUAAGGAGGAAAUGACCCGCCUAUUGCGGGAGUACCAGGAACUGAUGAAUGUCAAGCUGGCUCUGGACAUUGAGAUUGCAACCUAUAGGAAGCUGCUGGAAGGAGAAGAGAACAGGUGA